CAGAAACCGUGCUGGCGAACUGGUCUGGGCGGCUAGCUUCGGCGUCCAGGCGGCUUCUAGCGAGGAGGCGGAACUCAAGUCAUUGGUUUUAGCUUCUGAAAUGGUGAUGGAGGAGGGCUUCACCGAUGUUCAAGUGGAAAGUGAUUCCUCAGGUGCGAUUUCUUCAGUAGAGGACGAUUCAGGCAACCUAACUCAGUUCAGGAGAGAGGCAACAAAUCGGGGUUAUUCUUUCGGACAUGAGUAUAGGGAGGGUAGUGGGCCGGCCCACUCUCUUGCUUCUCACUACUCUGCUUCGGGCCAAUUACUCAUUUACAGACGGGUUAGCAAUCUUCCCAAUAAGGUUAAACAAGGUUUGGUAUGGUCUCCCUUAAAUGUUUUUUAGAGAGGUUUUGGUUUGGUCCCCCUCUCAUAUAAU